UUCCAUCCUUAUAAUGCUUCUUCCACUUCUCUUCUCCUUCAUCCCAAUUCAAUUUCAAAGUUUCAACUUUGAAGGUGCUGUUCAAUCCAAAUGGAAGCUUGUUCUCUCACCUCAAAACCCAUUGAAAUCAAGCCCAAAAUUCUCUUCAACACGAAGUCCCCAACCCAAUCUUUCAAAGUAUCAUGUUGCCAAUUCAAGGCUAGUGUAGAUGGUGAUGAUUGGAGAUCAUUCAGAGCCAAGCUGAUCGCCACGCAGAAACAGAAUCUAUGGACGCCUCAGAUUUCUUCCUCUUUUAUAGGUCUUGACACGGUGGUCGAUCCUCCACCGGCCAUCUCCAUUGGCGACAAGUGGGCCCACGUCAUCCACGAGCCUGAAAGAGGAUGUCUUCUCAUUGCCACGGAGAAGCUGGACGGCGUCCACAUCUUCGAACAGGCGGUGGUCCUUCUCUUGUCAAACGGGCCAUUGGGGUCAUUGGGAAUCAUAUUGAACCGGCCAUCGCUCAUGUCCAUCAAGGAAGCGAGGUCCACAGCGCUGGACGUGGCCGGCACGUUUUCGGACCGGCCUCUGUACUUCGGUGGGCCAUUGGAAGAGGGCCUGUUUUUGGUGAGCCCAAAGAGGGGAGAGGAAGAUGGGGUUGGGAAGAGUGGGGUUUUUGAGGAAGUAAUGAGAGGAGUGUAUUAUGGGACCAAAGAGAGCGUUGGGUGUGCAUCAGAAAUGGUGAAGAGAAAUCUGGUUGGGCCUCAAGAUUUCAGGUUCUUUGAUGGCUACUGUGGGUGGGAGAAGGUCCAAUUGAAGGAUGAAAUCAGAGCUGGUUAUUGGACUGUGGCAGCUUGUAGUCCUAGUGUAAUUGGAUUGGAUGUGUCAAGUGUGGGCCUUUGGGAGGAUGUCCUUGGCCUUGUGGGGCCCAAAAAAGUUUGGUGAGGUGAGGCCCAAUUCAUGCAUUGCUGCUUCUUUUAAAUUUUCUAACAUUUUCCACAAAGAGGGACCAAUGUAUAAAUUUGAAACUAUUAUUUGUCAAAAUCUACACUUCCCUUAUCA